UGGCAAGAGAAGAAGAAGCGGGGGGGAAAAGACCAUGACGAGGAGGAAGAAGAAGAAGAAAAAGAAGAAGAACUACUAAAGCCGUUGGCAGCUCGUUAGCCGUUGCUACAUACGCAGUCUAGCAGUUAAAAACGAGAGGUUUCUAUUUGCUGAGAAUGAACCCUACCGAUGUCAGGGAUGACCUGACAACAGAAACCUCCAGCAGCUUCGAUCUCGUCCUUCAUCCCGGUUCUGUUGGCUAGAACCACGUCUUCAUCGCCCCCCGCCCCUGACCUCCGCUCUGACCUCUGACCCCUGACCCCGUACCUCCCCCUGCGGUGACGAUGUACUGCCUCCAGUGGCUGCUGCCGGUGCUGCUGAUCCCGAAGCCGCUGAACCCGGCGCUGUGGUUCAACCACUCCAUGUUCAUGGGCUUCUACCUGCUCAGCUUCCUGCUGGAGAGGAAACCCUGCACCAUCUGCGCCCUCGUCUUCCUCGCCGCGCUCUUCCUCAUUUGCUACAGCUGCUGGAACUGCUUCCUGUACCACUGCCAGGACGCCGCGCUGCCCGCCGCCGCACAUGACCCCGCCAUCAUAGGGACCUAGGCGGCGGCGGCCCGCAGCAUGAUACUGCCACGCUGCAAGGAGAAGGAAGGAGGAAUCAAAGGGAUCCAGUGAAACUCUGCACACCGACCGGACAAUCACCGCCUGGAGUCCUUCCUGUCCAUCAGAUACAUGCUGAGCUUCCUCCAGUUCC